CCUCCCUUCCAUCCCCUCAUCCUCUCAUUUUACAUCACCAACCAUGUCCCAGCUCACCCCUUUACCUGCUCCCUGGUACAUCUUCUUUGGCCUCCUCGAACCCGUCUCCACCCUCGCAGGCGCCUACUUCGCGCUACUCGACACGGAUGGCUUCUAUCGUGACUUGAUCCCGCUAGAGAUGAAGGGGAGUGCAGCAGCCUUCGUCAAGGGAGUGGUAGGUGAAGCCACUGGUGGAGCAUUGUUGAGCGGCAAGCCAAGUGAUGAGGCCAGGAUGGGACUUGCUCAACUAGGAAGCUGCUACCUCCUCCUCGCCCUCGUCUCCCUCUUCCUCUUCUCCACUCUUCGCUCUUUCAGCCCCAACUCCCUGCCUCGCUCCACAAUGGAGCUCAUCAUCCGCAACUACCUCGCAGCCCUCGCCAUAGCUGAUCUGGUGCACAUUGGCGUCACCCUCUUCUUCCUGCCACCCGUGGGGAGAAAGGACGGGCGAUUCUGGUUUGCGCUGGUCAGUCAGCCCCAGAGGUGGAAUGGCUUGUUGGCUGGAAAUGUGCUUGCCACGUUGGGGCUUUUCACUGCGCGAUCGAUGUGGUUCUUGGGAGUUGGGAGGGGGAGCCCCGCUGGUGGAGAGAAGAAGAGGAAGUGAGGGCGCUGGGGAACGCGAUUGAGAGUAGCGAUGGAUACGAGGAUGCGAGGCAAGAAAGGGCGGGGGAAAAGCAUUGGGUAACAUUGUAUGGUCGGAAAAGCACAGAAAGCGUAUAGGAGCGCUCGCGCCGCUAAAAUGAUGCCAUCUUCUUGAAGAUGACCUCCCCGUCUUCUGCGUAGUCCUCGGCGGAGACUGUUUGUGCGAGGUGGGGAAGGGUGGGUCAGCAUGCUCCUUCUCUGCAGGCCAGCAAAGGCAAUCGUACUUACCCCACAUCUGCGCAGCGCAAUGGCGAUAGUGACACAUUCGACAGAAAUGUAGUCAGCUUUCUCUCCGCUUCUUUCCACCUCCUGCCUGCCCCUCGCCCACUCACCUUCUUGAAG